UAACGUCGCUUGUUGUUAUUGGAAUUUGAGAACUCGGACGGACAUUAAUUCAUUAAAAUAUGUGGUGAUAACGCGACCUGCCGAAUUCUGCGUGCUGAGGGCAAUAUGAGCAAUUAGUCCGCCUGACGUGUGGGUACUACUACUGCUAUGUUGUCGCGACCGCGGCCUGCUAAAUGCCAACAAUUGUUUUGAAACGCGGAGUUCCUGCCCAACAUCACAUCACACCCACCUCUACCACCCCUCCAGUUGUGCCUCCCAGCUCCACAACUGCGCCCCGAGCCCCCAACGGAAGGCAAUUAAAAAAUCAAUCAGAGUGGGCCCUAAUUGAGAGCUGCCGCCCAAUCCGAGUCUAGGUUCGACUCCGGCUGCGUCGACAUGUCGCCGAAGAACUGUGCGGUUUGCGGUGACAAGGCGCUGGGGUACAACUUCAACGCCGUCACCUGCGAGAGCUGCAAGGCCUUCUUCCGGCGAAAUGCUCUGGCCAAGAAGCAGUUCACCUGCCCGUUCAACCAGAACUGCGACAUCACCGUGGUGACUCGCCGCUUCUGCCAGAAAUGUCGCCUUCGCAAGUGUCUGGACAUUGGCAUGAAGAGCGAGAACAUCAUGUCCGAGGAGGACAAGCUAAUCAAGCGGCGCAAGAUCGAGACGAACCGGGCGAAGCGCCGCAUGAUGGAGAACGGCACUGAUGGUGGCGAUGCCAACGAUGAUGGCGCCGGCGGCGGCAGCGGUGAAGACAAUAAAGCGCCGGCGGACAGCAGCAGCAGUAACCUUGAGCUGUAUUCCGGUUCGCAGGAUUCACAGAGCUGCGGCUCGGCAGACAGCGGCGGUGCCAACGGCUGCACGGCCAGACAGGCCAGCUCAACGGGAGCUCAGGUCAAUCCGCUGCAGAUGACGGCCGAGAAGAUCGUGGACCAGAUCGUAUCCGACCCGGAUCGGGCCUCGCAGGCCAUCAACCGGCUGAUGCGCACACAGAAAGAGGCUAUUUCCGUGAUGGAGAAGGUCAUCAGUUCGCAGAAGGACGCCCUGCGGCUUGUGUCGCACUUGAUCGACUACCCAGGCGACGCUCUGAAGAUCAUCAGCAAGUUCAUGAACUCGCCCUUCAACGCGCUGACAGUAUUCACCAAGUUCAUGAGCUCUCCCACGGACGGCGUGGAGAUAAUCUCGAAGAUCGUCGACUCGCCGGCGGACGUGGUGGAGUUCAUGCAGAACCUGAUGCAUUCCCCGGAGGAUGCCAUCGAUAUUAUGAACAAGUUCAUGAAUACCCCGGCGGAAGCGCUGCGCAUUCUCAACCGCAUCCUGAGCGGCGGCGGGGCGAACGGGGCAGCUCAGCAGACAGACCGCAAGCCAUUUCUGGAAAAGGAGCUGGCGGCGACGAAAGAGCCUCCUCCGCCGGCGGAGCGGGUGGAUACCGUCAUACAAAGCAUGCUGGGCAGCGGGAGUCCGCCAAUUUCGCCACAUGGCGCUGCCGUGGACCUGCAGUACCAUUCGCCCGGCGCCGAAGAGCAGCCCAGCACCUCGAGCAGCCAUCCCUUGGCCUACAUAGCCAACUCUCCGGACUUCGACCUGAAGACCUUUAUGCAGACCAACUACAACGACGAACCCAGUCUGGACAGCGACUUUAGCAUCAACUCGAUUGAGUCUGUGCUUUCCGAGGUGAUACGCAUCGAGUACCAGGCCUUCAACAGCAUCCAGCAUGCCGCGUCGCGGGUCAAAGAUGAGAUGUCCCACCAGGGCGGACCAUACGGUGGCUGCAACGCCGCCGGAAAUAGCAGCCAGCAGCACCUACAGCAACCUAUCUGCGCCCCCUCCACCGUGCAAUUGGAUCGCGAACUGAACGAGGCCGAGCAAAUGAAGCUGCGGGAACUGCGAAUGGCCAGCGAGGCUCUCUACGAUCCUGUGGACGAGGAUCUCAGUGCCCUGAUGAUGGGCGAUGAUCGCAUUAAGCCCGACGACACUCGCCACAACCCGAAGCUAUUGCAGCUGAUCAAUCUAACGGCGGUGGCCAUCAAGCGGCUUAUCAAGAUGGCCAAGAAGAUAACAGCAUUCCGUGACAUGUGCCAGGAGGACCAGGUGGCCCUGCUCAAAGGCGGCUGCACAGAAAUGAUGAUAAUGCGUUCGGCGAUGAUUUAUGACGAUGAUCGCGAUGCCUGGAAGGUACCCCACACCAAAGAGAACAUGGGCAACAUACGUACUGACCUGCUCAAGUUCGCCGAGGGCAAUAUAUACGAGGAGCACCAGAAGUUCAUCACGACCUUCGAUGAAAAGUGGCGAAUGGACGAGAACAUUAUCCUGAUUAUGUGCGCCAUAGUCCUCUUCACCUCGGCUCGAUCACGAGUGAUACACAAAGACGUGAUUAGAUUGGAACAGAAUUCCUACUAUUAUCUUCUGCGAAGAUAUCUGGAGAGUGUUUACUCUGGCUGUGAGGCGAGAAACGCGUUUAUCAAGCUGAUCCAAAAGAUUUCAGAUGUAGAGCGUCUGAACAAGUUCAUAAUUAAUGUCUAUUUGAAUGUUAACCCAUCCCAGGUGGAGCCGUUGCUGCGUGAAAUAUUCGAUUUGAAAAAUCACUAGAUAAUGAGGCGGGGCAGGUGCAUAUAAUGCCGGUGCCGAAAUCGAUGGAAAGAUCAAUCAGCCAGCUGCAGUUGUUGUUGUUGUUUUAAUAAUUAUAUAAGCGCUUCGGCCAGCUGAUUCGUCUGUUUUUAUCCUGUCGCUUGUAAUGUUAGAUUUUAAUCGAAUGUGAUUGUUAGAUUUGCAUAUACUGCAUAGAUUUUAUAUUUCUACAUCAAAGAGAGCAUAUUUAGGAUACCAAGUGCAAAGCAACACAAUCUAUAUGUACACGUUUAACUAGUUUCAACUAAACACUGAUGCAAUAAAUAUGACCCAGUAUAUUUCAAUUGA